AUGGCAAGACUGGUAGACAUUUAUCCCUCUAGUGACGAUGACCUACCUGAUCUGAAAACGCUUAUUCGGAAACCAAGCACCCGAGCAAUAAAGACAACCACGCCAGCACCUUCAGUUAGCAAGCCUACGAUUUCCAAGACUACUUCGAAUUCUGAAACCCGACGUGUGCGACGUCUCGGAGAGCCAACUCAAGCCGCCGCCAACCCGCUCUUUCAGAAAUGGAACUCGGGAGAACAAGAAAGCACAAGAACUGGUCGAGGGAACAAUUCUGGCUCUGAAACUGAGGAGGAUAUACCACAAUCUCGUCAACAGCCAAGAAGGAGAAGAAAUCAGAGGGUUGUGAAGGAUUCUGACGAUGAGAGCCAUGAGGACUAUGAAUCUGAAAAGGAAAGAGACUUGACAAGGGUUCGACGGCUUCAGAAAACAAAGACAAGUGCGGUGACAAUGCCUGCUCUGGAUAUUAAAAACCCGAUACCAAGUAUCCGUACUGGGACCAAGUCAAAAGCAUUGCUUUUUGCACGAGAGAUUGAUCGCGAUGCUGAAAGUGAAGAGAGCCAGGAGGAGGAUGAAGCAGAGGAGCCAAGUAUCUAUCAAACUGCAGACGAACAUUCUGACUCUGCCUCCGAGCUGGACUGGUUGAAUGACUCCUCUGAGUUCCCGACAAGAAAAGGGGCAAGAUCGCCAAGUAGCCAGCCACCAAAGACCAUUGGCACCAGGGGUCAUAUCUCCUCAAUCAAGAAUGCUCCAACUCUCCAACCAAAACCUUCUGCAAAUAUUUGCAAUGGAAAGACCCGCGAUGUCGCAAAGAACACUGCUUCGAGUAAAGAGGCUGUUGGGCCCAGGAAGACCAGCCAAAGAGGAAAACGACAUGCUUCAGGGACGACCACUGCCUCGGACCUUGCAGACACAUUAUCCAAGCUGCGGCUACAACUCGAGGACUUUUCAGAUGAGGAGAGCAAAGUAUCGAAGAUAGAGGAGUUCACCACACCACCCAGUACUCCUCCUAAAGCAUCUAAGCCAAGGGGACUUGCAUCACCAAGCAAGAAGAUACAGAUCCCCAAGACGCCACAUCGCCCAAGUAUGGAUGCUUUUUGGAACCAGGAUUUUGUCAACGAUUGGAACGACCAGCACUCACCACGCAAGCUUAUUCUCCCUCCUGUUACUAAGAGUCCCAGCAAGACGAGCCCAAAGAAAGAACCCAAGAAGGAGACCAAGAAGUCCUUUGGAUCUAGGAAACAUGCACUGGCCGAGAGCUUUCUAGCUGAACUCGAUCGCGAGAUCACGCAGGGUAGGAUUGCUAAGCUUGCUGAGUCCACAGGUGGUGUCAAGCUCGUUUGGACAAAAACACUUAAUACGACGGCUGGGCGAGCAAGUUGGCGUUGUGAAACUAUUCGGACGACACGGCAGGCGGAUGACGGUCAACCAAUUAAAAUAUACAGACAUCAUGCAUCGAUUGAACUUGCUGAGAAGGUCAUUGAUGACGAAAACCGCCUACUCAAUGUCAUGGCUCACGAGUUUUGCCAUCUCGCCAACUUCAUGAUCAGUGGCAUAACGACAAACCCUCACGGCCGAGAGUUCAAGGUUUGGGCAGCCAAGUGCUCAGCCAAGUUUGGUGAUCGUGGCAUCGAAGUGACGACCAAGCACAGUUACGAAAUCGAUUUCAAGUACGUCUGGGAAUGUGAAGAAUGCGGAGUUGAGUACAAGCGGCACUCCAAGAGUAUUGAUACGCGGCGAUAUAAAUGUGGGAAGUGCAAGGGCAGUUUGAAGCAGACGAGGCCAGCACCAAGAGGAGCAGCAGCAGGCAAAGCACCAAGUCGAUAUCAGGCGUUUGUGAAAGAGCAGAUGGCUGUUGUGAGAGGAGAGAACCCGGGCAGUCCUCAGAAGGUGGUCAUGAAGCUCAUUGCAGAGAAGUGGGCGAAGCAAGAGGGUGGCAAGGCUGGAAGCAAAGUGGCUAGCAAGCUGGGAGUUGACAGUGUUGUUGACAAGAUGGUUGAUCUAACAAUUGAGGCUGAAGCAUAAAUGCAUAAAUAGGAGUUUGUUAGUUUAUACCCAUUCAAUAUUACCAUGUACGUGUAUGAGUC